AUGGUCUUCUUGGUGGAGGAUCCAGGGUCCAUGUACCCUGUGGAAGUGGUUGUGGCCACCGCCAGCCCACCCACCAACCACCAGCCAUCAUCAUCAUACUCAUACUACAACUACAACUUCAUCGACACCUACUACAACCACAACUUCAUCGACACCUACUACAACCACAACUUCAUCGACACCUACUACAACCACAACUUCAUCGACACCUACUACAACCACAACUUCAUCGACACCUACUACAACCACAACUUCAUCGACACCUACUACAACUACUACCCCCCACACACCAUACGCCACACCACAACCAUACGCUGCGCUCCACCGCACACCGAGUACAUAAUCACCGUCAACAUUCCCAAAACGUAUCCAUUCACUCCACCGAUUUUAGUCUGUAAGAAGGAUCCAAAGAUUAAAUUAAAGUUUUUGGAGAAAUCGCAAUGGAAACCGAGUAUUGGGAUAAGAGAAGUCCUAAUCGAGGCGUGUCACGUGAUCUCCCGUCGUGAUCUCUCCUCACGUCUUCCGGUUCUUCCACGUCUUCGUCCACCACUUCUGAAGCCAAGAGGAUCCAGAUCUCCACCGAAAAAACAGUGA